AUGUCUUAGAAUUGCAUAUUGGCAUGGAAUUGUCAUGGCCUUAGAGAGGUCUUUGCAAUUUCAAAAUUGAAGAAGUAUGUUUCCAACACAAACCCAGUAUCAUCUUCCUCUUGGAAAUAAAGCGAAUGGCCACUUAGAUGAAUCUAAUUCGUAUAGAUCUCGGCUCCCCCUAAGCCACCGACUUCUUCCUCCUUUGAAAACCGGUAGAAGACUUGAAAUUUCUUCUUUCCUUCUUGUUCAAGAACUGAUUUGGGGCUUAGAAUCUUCCCUCUCAACCCAGAAAUCCCGGAUCUGCUCUGCUUCUUCCUCCCUUGUCCGUCGGGUUCUGUUGGGUUUGAAUCCUUCGGCUUUUUUUGCCGCGAGUUCCCUUGCAGAAUUUCUUCUUCUCUGCCGUCGGCUUCUCCCCCCUGCUAGGCGCGGUUUUGCUUGUUAAAUUCUGGUAUGUGACAGCCCUCCAACCCCGAAUUUGUUCGUUGAUUUGCUGCCUUGAAUCUUGAAUUUUCUGCCUUUGAUUUGCCCUUGUACUGUUCUGGAAUUUCUGUUGAAAUUGGGAAUGAAUUUUGGUAGCUUUAAGCUAUGUUUUUAAGUGUGGUUUAAGUAGAAAAUUAGCUUGAGUUGGCCUGUAGUGAUUUUUGGAGAAAACCCGUGAGAUUAUUUUGGAGGAUUGCAGUUACUGUUCACGUCGUGGGUACUGUUCACGGGUACUGUUCAUAGGCACUGUUCACACAUCGAGGGUCAAUAAUUAACGGGGAUUUAAAUGAUUAGUUUGUGAUACAAGAAUGAAUGUGGAGAUGUCCAGUUAUGUGAAGAUUGAUAGAAAUAGCACCGUGAUUAGGGGUAGUCCCGAUGAUGAUUUUACUUUGAAUUUGUGGUAGCGCGGUAUUAAUUGUGGAAUAUUGUGAUUAGGUUUUGAUCGUUCUGUCACCGUAGCGCUUGGGUUAGCCUUCGGUUCUGUGCGAGUGAGGUAAGUAAAUUAUGGUAAAGCCCUUCGAUUUUAAAGCAUGUUUUAAACUGUUUUUGAGAUGGUGGCAAGGUUUUAAUUGAUUUUAAAUUGAUUUUACCAGCACUUGAGUGUGAUUAGCUGAAAUGGAAAUUGUGAUGGUUUUCAUGAGAAUUUCCUUGUUUUUCUGGAAAUUGAGCAUGACUGAAAUGAAAAUGAGAAUUUCAUUGUUUUUUUCUGGAGUUUAGCAUGCCCAUUUGGAAUUGACUGAAUUGUUUUGAUGAACUGAGAGUUUGCAAAUUCUGAGGUUUCUGUUAAACCCAUGUUCACAUGGAAUUUUCUGGUUAUUUUUGAAAUUUGGGAUUUUGAUUGUGAAUCCUGCAUGGUUUUGUCUCUGAUAUGGUCAUGAUUUCCGAUCCCCGCUAGUGGGUGUGUAACACUUCCGAUCCCCGCUAGUGGGUGUAACGUUGGCACUCCUGAUCCCC